AUGAAGAACAACAUGAAGAAAGUAUUGGACAGAGGAAGGAGAGCAUCUUGGGCCGUAUUGGGACCUCUCAAAGAAGCCACCGAUCCACUGAAGGAGUCGAAAAUCGAAGCUCAUCUUUUCCAUUCAACGGUCUUUCCAGCGCUCGGUUAUGCAGCAGAGACGUGGGCUGAUCCUUCAACAACAUCGAAAAUACUGCACACUACUCACAAAGAGCAUGAACGUUGUUUUCUGAAAUAUAAUCGGCACACUCAAUUUCUAGCCGGAAUGCGAAACUUUGAUCUCCGAAAUCUGUCCCAUCUUCGAGAUCCGACAGAAUAUAGAUAUACAACUCUAGCGAAAUACGGGAUGGGCCGGUCACAUAAUUACAAAAAAAACACGACAGACGAACUAAAAGAAUUGUCCACUCCACGAGAAUGCAGACGUCCUCUAGGACGGCGUUGGGAGAAUGUGUUCUUAACAAAAGUUUAUCAGCUGUACUUGCAGUUGUAG